AUGGCCAGCUCAAAGACUCAAGCUGAGCACAACAAAAAUGCUAGUUUGGAAACACACAGCAUAUUUUGGUUAGAUACGUCAGUCAACAAUAAAGAAAAUCGAGCAGCUCAACAAAAACUAAGAAAAAUGAUUAAUCAAAUACGGACUUGUGUCGAUCGCAAAGAAUUUUUGGACAUCAUUCGCACUAUGCAGCAAGGCGGUCUGACAAUUUUGAUUGCAAGUGGUCAAAUGAGUCGUAUUGUCGUGCCAGAAAUGCAAACAUUACCUCAAGUAUCAUCAAUAUAUGUAUAUUGUUUUGAUAAAGAGGCUAAUUUACAAUGGAGCCAGCCAUAUAACAAAGUACGUGUAUUUUAUUAUUUAAAACUAUUCUAUACAUUAUUAGUUUAUUGA